CUCUAUGCUCCCCUACUUCGUGCUGAUGAGGGUGGGCGCUGCUCCCGCUCCCAGCCUGCCCCGCGGCAGGGCAACAUGGCGGCGCCCGUAGCUAUAGCGGCGGCCCGGGCCGUGCGGUGGGUCGCCAGGGUCGCCGCGGCGGGACCGCUCCUGUUGGGCCCAGCCCGUCUCCUAGAGAGCGGCGCCCUGCGGGCCGCUGCGCUCCCCACCCGCUGGAGUGGGAGCAACUCCGCGCUGGGCAGCAUCUUGGGCAUCCCAGCUGAAAAGCCGGGCGACACCCUGGGUCAGCACCCACCGCCUGUUGCCACCAGCGAAGAAGAACAAAAGCGCCUGUUACGGAAUCAGCCUGACCAGCCCCAGAACCCCAAGGUUUUAAGAAUUGCCAUCAUUGGAGCACCUAAUGCUGGGAAGUCCACACUCUCUAAUCAGCUCUUGGGCAGAAAGGUUUUCCCUGUCUCUAAGAAAGUGCACACAACCCGAUGCAAAGCCCGGGGUGUUGUCACAUAUGAAGACACACAGCUGGUAAUUUUGGACACUCCUGGCCUCACUACUCCUUAUAAAGUCAAAAGACAUAAUUUAGAUAAAGCCAUGCUGACAGACCCAUGGGACAGCAUGAAACAUGCAGAUUUAGUUCUGGUUCUGGUGGAUGUGUCGGAUCAUUGGACACGAAACUCUCUGAGCAGGGAGGUGCUGAAGUGUCUUUCUCGGUUUCCUCAGAUCCCCAGUGUCCUGGUUCUGAACAAGGUGGAUCUGCUAAAGAAUAAAUUUCUUCUGCUGCAGUUAGUAACUGAGCUAACAGAGGGAGUUGUGAAUGGAAAGAAACUGGAAGUGAGAUCUGCAUUUAAACAGGAUUCCAGUUCUUCAGCAAAGUCUCCUCAUCAAAUCACUUGGGCUUCUCCACCUGAGAACAGGGCCCCUGAGUCCCACUGUCUGCAUGAAGCAGAUCAAGCUCAAGAAGGCUCUAGCUUGGACAACAGCAGUGAUAAAAGGGCUUCUGAGUCUAGGCUGGUCACAGAAGAAGCACAAGGGCCAAAGGACUAUGGACCCAGAGAUCUAAAAGAUAUGAAAGGCUGGCCAUGCUUCCAGGAGAUCUUCAUGCUGGCAGCUCUCCAUGGGGAGGAGGUGGAUACGCUCAAGAGGUACCUCCUGAUGCAAGCCAAGCCAGGGCCUUGGGAGUUUCACAGUGGGGUCUUGACCAGCCAGUCACCUCAGGAGAUCUGUGACAAUCUCAUCAGGGAGAAGAUCCUGGAGUACCUGCCACUGGAAGUGCCCUAUGGUGUGACUCAGGUGACAGAGCUGUGGGAGGAAGGACCGAGUGGGGAGCUGUUCAUUGUGCAGAGCCUUUUAGUCCCCAGAAAGUCUCAUAUGAUGAUGUUGAUUGGAAGAGGAGGUAAGGUUAUCAGCAGGAUUGCUCAGGAGGCUGGCCAGGACCUGAUGAAUGCUUUCCUGUGUGAUGUUCGCUUGAAGCUCAAGGUGGACUUGAAGACUUGAGCCCUUUUGCAUAUGUUCUACCAGCUCCUGAACACUCUGGUCAGGUGAAGAAACUGGCCCCAUUUUCCUCCAGGGGUAUCUUGAUUGAACCAUUGUCCAAUCCAGAAACAGAGGAAGAUGGAAGGCAGGCUGAAGUAGAAUGUGUUCUUCUUUGUGGGAAUGGCCCAAACUGAAAUAAAAUCUUCAGACCUCCUGUGGCACCUUGUCUUGUGGAAGCUGGGGAUGGACAUGAGAGAACCAGCUACACACAUGCUUCUAGUACUGCAGUUAUAGAGCUGUCAUCGACUUUUGGGCUGUGUCCCAAGUCCUUGCUGUCAAGUGUUUGUACCUGGAAGUUCAGGAGCAUCUCUGCAGUGAAGGAUUAUCAGCAUGUUUGUCAUCUCCUCUGAAGGCUGCAUCACCCCAGCAGUGGUCGUGCAGGAGGAAGAGGCUACCCUGGCCCACAUGGUGUCUCAUGUCAGCUGUUGAUAAUCUGGAGUGUGAGUGGAUGGCUGUGCAGGGAGCCAGUUUUGCCCAGGUAGACUGAGCAAAGGGGUUUGCUGGCUAGCAGAAACACCCCCACAAUGACUGGGUGUGACAGAGGGAGCUCUCAGACUCUCUGUAGAUAGUCAAGGCCAGUUGUUUCCAGCUCCAGUGUUGGAGCUCUUCCUGCAGGCUGCCAUGUACCAUCCUCUUAGACGACUGCCAGCUGCUGCCUUCAUUCUGACCACUUGUGUGUUACAGUUUGUAGAAAUGCUUGUUUCUUCUCUUUUCCCUGUCCUCCUUUCCUGUCUUGUGGUACUCACUCCAGGGAGCUGGGUCUGGUCACAGACUCAUCCAAGUGGGUUGCUGAAGAAGUGAGAAAUGGAGCUGUGGUCCAGUCUAGGUGUGUCUAUGAGCUGCUUCCCUGACCAGCAAGGAGGUCAGGGAAUGGCAUUUGCUGGAGUGUAUUAAUUGGGAAGUGAACUGGAGCAGGGAAUAGGUAUCUUUCUGCCUCUACACAUCUUGUUUCUGCUGCCCAGUGAGGUCCUUCCUGUCCAUCCCUCUGGAUGUUUGGCUAAUGAAUGAGUGUGGGGUGGUUUCACCUGAAGAUGCCACUAGUAGAAUCUCACCGAUGUUUCCUUCUUCAGAAUGACUUGUUUGUCAUGCAAAAAGCAGUCUACCCCCUUUGUUAGGAAUUUGAGCAGUUUAUUGCACCAAGAUCACAAAUGAAAACAAAGAGGUCAUCACAGCUAAAGGGAAGCCCAACAUGAGAAUGGCAGCAGGUUCUGCAGUUCAGGUUUAAUGGGGUGUUGGGGUUGUAGAGCAGCUGGCACAAGUCAGGGUGCAAGCAAGGCUCAGAGGCUGGAAGGAGCAAGGCAGGGGCACCUUGUGCUGCUCUGGAGCCCUUGGCAUGGAGUGUUAGUGGAGCCUGGCAUCAUGAGUGUGUGACUGUGCCACAUGUGGACCUGGUGUUGGAGUGCUUGAGUUUUCUCUCCACACAUGGCCAUGCUCAGGUGCUUGGAGCACUGAGCAGCUUCUUGCCAGGAAUCCAGGUAAAUCCCUCUGUGCUGUUAGAAAUGGACAUCCCUGAGCAAGGAAAGGCUGGGCUGCUGCUCCCUCUGAAGUGAUCUGGUAGGGGCUGCUGGGGACUCUAUGCUCCUGCCUGGAACCCAAACCUGUGGAGCAAAUCCUGAGUUCACUGUUCUUCUCCAGUGCAACAUCAGGGAAAUGUUUUGCUGGUUAUGUUGGAGCUGUGAAGGAUUCUUCUGUCAGGAGUCAUCUGAAAGCCAGGGUGAGAAGCCUCCAUGGAGUGCCCUGCCUUGUUUUCCUCUUGCAGGGGACACUGUGGUCCUAUGAUUGCUGCUACCUGAAUUUGUAUUUUCCUUUGGAAUAAAAUGAGGUCCCA